AAAAAAAAAAAAUCGCGGAUUUCGAUCGUGUAAAAUACAAUUUAAUUUUAAAUUGCGUCCGUAAAUAACACAUAAUUAUCUGUUAUUUACUUGGGAUAACUUAUCGAGAAAAGAAACGUGGCAUAAUGUUAAAAGCAAUAUUUCAUCUCGUUGGAGCUCUUCAUUUCUUCUACGGAUGCUACUAUGACUAUACCUACGUCCGAAUACCAAGUACUUCAAGCACCGUUACUUCUUUCGGUGGAAAAUUUAAAUACUUAACAUUCUUGGAUGCUAUGCUACAAACAGUAUACUUCACGGUCGCUUUUGCUAAUGACCUGAUUGGAAAUAAUGAACCAACACCCUCUGAUAAACCUUUGAUUCGGCGUUGUAAAGACACCAUUUUUAGCUGCCUAGCCUUCCCUCUGGCUUCAUUUGUGGGGGUGUUAUUUUGGGGUAUUUACGCUGUUGACCGAGAACUAAUAUUACCUAGAAGUUUAGACCCUUACUUCCCAUUAUGGUUGAACCAUGUAAUGCACUCUAACAUUGUACUAUUUGCAUUUAUUGAGCUAGUAACAUCUUUCAGAAUGUACCCCUCUAGAAAAGUAGGCUUAUCAAUACUGACCUCUUUCAUGAUUUGUUAUUUGAUUUGGAUCCAUGUUAUCUAUUUCAAAACAGGCAGCUGGGUAUAUCCAAUUUUAACAGUCUUGAAUUGGCCUGUAAGAGUAAUAUUCUAUAUUAUCAGCCUGGGUAUUGUGUGUGGCAUGUAUUGUAUCGGCGAUACUUGUAACAGAGCAGUGUGGUCUAAUGAGGUAGAGGAAACUGUAAAAUCUGGUAAGAAAAAAGCAAAAUAAUUGCUAAGAAGAGAAGAGAGUUUGGAUAGUAAAGCAUAAUGCUGCUUUAGUUUUGUGGUUUGGUAAUUGUUAAAAUGAUUUGGUCUUGGGGUUGGUUACUAGGUAUUGAGAGCACAAUAUGUUUGUUGUAGGAGAAUCCUAAGCAUCCUAACAAAAAAGGCUAACAACAAUCCUUCUACUUUAGAUAAGUUUUAGGCAAACAAUGGCCUAUUGAAAUUUGCUAUGCUAUAGCAAUCACACUUAUUUCUCAAUACUAGUGUAUUUAAGAAAUAAAGUAACUUAUAAAAUAGCUGUUAGUAUACAUUUUAAAUGUUGACAAUGAAGUGCAUGCUAUGUGGGACAUGACCUUUGUUUUGUUUGUGUAAAUCCACAAAACAAAAAGUAUACAUAGUCUGAUAUGCUGAUGCUACUGUACUUUGGAUGGACUAAAAACAUGAUGAAUCCUUGAGAAAUUCAUGCAUGUUAAGUGAGUAAUUAUUAGGAAAAUAUUCAUAUCUACAAACAGAUACAUUGAAAGCUAAAACUUUGGUGAUUUGAAAGGCAGUAGGUACUAUAAAUUAAAUGAGUAAGGUUGUGAUUGAAAUCUUCAUAGCAAUAAAUACCUUGCCUUUAACUUUAACAGUUUGUACUUAUUGAAGGUUUUACAUUUUGUGAACAUUCCAGUGAUAAUGAUAUUAAAGAAUGCAUAAGCUAACAUGCAAUGUUUCAUCUAGUGAAGAGUAGUUAAACAAUUUGUUUACCUAUUUAAUUUAAUAAUAUUUAUGGACUUUUAAGGCUAAGUAAAAUAUCUGAGUAGAAAGAAACAUGAAAGGAAAUAGAUUUAGAUUAGCUAGACACAUAAUUUUAAUCUAGCAUUACUUCUAGUAACCGCUAGAAAAAAGUUAACUAUUGUCAGCUUUUUUAUAAUUAUUAAUUACAGUUGCCUGAAUAUAAAAUGUAAUGUUUAAUUUAUUUAUUUAUUAGAAUAAUAUUCUCCCCUAGGAACACGUGAAACGACGACUUGGUUUUGAUGAAGUUACUAAAUAAAAAUAUUUAAUAAAUGUUGAAAUAAAUUACCAUAAAUUAACAUGCGUUUAAUCCUAUCUUUGGACACCUUGUUGUAACUAUGAAUUCCUAUUUCGUACUAUUUCCGUAAUAGGGACCAAAUGAUAACUACCAAAUCCAAACAGAUUUUAAACUGAGCUGUCGUAGCACGUAUUCGAAGGGACUUAAAUUAUUAAAAAAAUGUAAGGAGGCUACCUUUAAAUUCGUUUAGCCAACAGGCAAAUGAAUUUAAUUUUGUGUGAAGAGGCUUGCCAAGAAUGCAAUAUUUUUUGUAAUAAAAAUACAAAUUAGCACUGAAGCAUUUUAUUUACCAUUCCAUCAUUUACUAUUGUCCAUAUUUAAAAUAAAAUACUGAAGUAAAAUAAAAUUAAUAUGUAUAAAUUACAAUAUGUCAAUACAUCCUAUAAUCACACUUCACAAGUAAAAAAUUAAAAAUAUAUUUUAAGUACUGUUACAUAUUACGAUCUAUGUAUACUAAUGUAUAGAUAUCACUAUUAUUAUUACGACUAGACUUCAAAUAGUUUCAAAUAAUUAUUUAGCUUCUAACUUCAUUUGGAAUUAGCGUCUGCUAAAAUCGUAACGUAAAAACGCUAAAAUAAUUUAUACAAAUAUAGAUACAUGAUUAAAAUUAAUAAUACACCUCAGAACUAUUUUUAGAUUUAUACACCUCUUUUGGCCCGAGUUUGUUAAUAGGAAGAUUUAAUUUUUACAAUUCGUGUAAUAAAAAUAUAACAGGGCAUAAAUAAUAGCAACCAUAACAAAUGUUACAUCAUAAUGAAAUUUGUGCAAAUAAUAUUUUCCACAUUGAUUUGAUUUUGUAAACAUUAAACAAGGUAAAGGCCUAAACACGCUUUAUAAUAAUUUAAAUAGUAUGAGAGUAUCUAUGUACUUGAUAAGUACUCUCUCAUGUUCCAAAAGAAAAUAAAUACAAAUCUUGAUAAAAAUAUUGACUAUUGUAAAACAGCCUUCAAGCUUUACAUUCCACGUGUAACAAACAUGACGGGUAUUAUAGUUGCUUAAACAUCUAAGUAACUGCCUUUUCAACACAGUAACAAACACAAUCUCAUCAGUUACAUAACGUUUAAAACACGUCUUUUCCGGUUUUCUUAGUAUAAUUUGUUUAUGUACUUCGCUUCGCUUUGACAAUACAUACUGGGUGGCGCAAAAGUACUGGCACUAAAGAAAAUACUUUUUUUUUUUAUAUGACAUUUUCUGUCAUUUUUUUGUUGAAAAUUGUGUAGUGAACAAAUGUAAAAUACACUGAAAAUAAACAUGGACCGUUUUACUCCCCAAGAACGUGGAAUAAUUGUGUCAAUGUUCUUACGGACGCUUUUCCAGGUCGAGUUAUCUCUCGUUUUGGCGAUUUGCCUUGGCCUGCAAGAUCACCCGAUCUGACCAGUCCAGACUUCUUUCUUUGGGGUUUUUUGAAAUCUCGGGUGUAUGUGAACAAGCCACAGACUCUCGCAGCUCUAAAAGAAAACAUUCGUCAAGAAAUAACGAACAUAUCGCAGAAAGUGUUACGGCAAGUUAUGCAAAAU